CCAUUCCUCCCCCUGUUGUCAGGAUUCAGAAAUGCUUCUGCUGCAAAAUAUUUCUGUCCCGACUAUAACGCCAUUAACCAGAAUAUCGUCACAAUAUCAUCUUAUUUGGAUCCUUGAUAUUGUGUAUUCACUUUAAUUAUGGAGGCCAUACACACCCACGGUAUUUGGAUGGCUGAAGCACUUCAGCAAAGAACGAAGAGCCAAGACAAACUUUGGUUGAUUGCCACUCACAUUGGGGAUCCCAAAGCUGCCUUCCUUCUCGUGUUCCCCUUGACUUACUUUCUCAACCGACGGACUGGAUUUGCAGUUGUCUGGGUGGCUGCUAUUUCGGAGUGGCUUAAUCUAGUGUUCAAAUGGAUGCUCUUUGGUGAAAGGCCAUUCUGGUGGAUUGGAGAAUCCCGUUUAUUUGAGAAAAACCCUCCCAAACUCCAACAGUUUGCCUCAACUUGUGAAACAGGUCCAGGCAGUCCAUCUGGUCAUGCAAUGGUAACAGCAGCAGUGUGGUGGGUGAUGGCCUCAUCCCUGGGUUCUCUUCUAUACUCCUACACACGCAGCAUGUUGCUAUCAGCGGUUCCGUACGUGCUGUAUCUGCUGGGGUUAGUGGCAGUUGGCUUCUCUCGCAUCUUCAUCCUGGCACACUUCCCCCAUCAGGUCAUAGCUGGCUCUUUGACAGGCUUCAUUCUUGGGGUAGUUCUGAGCCGCCAGGUUCCAGAAGGUCGCCCUCUGGUGUUUUUUGUGAGUUCCAGCAUUGGGCUACUCCUCAGUGCUUUCCUAAUCCAUUCAGGACUGACAAGGCUGGGCUUCGACUUGUCCUGGUCCAUUGCAUUGGCUAAGAAGUGGUGCUCCCAUUCAGAGUGGAUUCGGCUGGACACAGCCCCGUUUUCCUCACUCACACGGGACUGUGGUGCUAUACUGGGCCUGGGGCUGGCCCAGUACUGGAAACCAGGUGGGUACACUCUCCCUUGUGCUCCACGUGCCCUGUGUCUGGCCCUCUGCUCCAUGGCUCUCUACCAUGUCCACCGACUGCCUCUACCAAUCCAACCACAGCCCCUCUUCUACUUCCUCUUCUUUAUCAAGUUUACCAUCGUACCCCAGGUGGUCAUGAUCUAUGUACCUGGCUUUGUACACCUCCUUACACACAAAAAGAAAAAUGAUUAAAAUGACACAUUCCUCGGAAGUUCAACUCUGGACACUGAGAGAAAAGUUUCUUUAGGUACUUUUCUUUUCAUACACACUCCUGUAUAAAUGGGGAAAUUGAUGGCAAUAUGGGUGUUGACUUCUAAGGAAGUUGUCAGACAAAUGCUGAAUGGCAAUUUUUCUGCUGAUGAUUCAAGAUUGUAUCAUGCCCAUUUGCAGGAUAUACAGUUGAAGUUGGAAGUUUACAUAUACCUUAACCAAAUACAUUUAAACUCAGUUUUUCACAAUUCCUGACAUUUAAUCCUAGCACUUUAUUUCACCACUUUAUUUUAUGAAUGUGAAAUGUCAGAAUAAUAAUGACAAAUAAUGAUUAUAAAUAAUGAUUUAUUUCAGCUUUUAUUUCGUUCAUCACAUUCCCAGUGGGUCAGACGUUUACAUACACUCAAUUAGUAUUUGGUAGCAUUGCCUUUAAAUUGUUUAACUUGGGUCAAACGUUUCGGGUAGCCUGGGUAGCCUGAGUUGGGUUUUUAGGCUUCCUUGCUCACACACGCUUUUUCAGUUCUGCCCAUCCAUUUUCUAUAGGAUUGAGGGGGGGGGGGCUUUGUGAUGGCCACACCAAUACCGUGACUUUGUUGUCCUUAAGCCAUUUUGCCAAGCAUACUUCCAAAGUUGUGGCGUCAUUGUCCAUUUGGAAGACCCAUUUGCGACCAAGCUUUAACUUCCUGACUGAUGUCUUGAGAGGUUGCUUCAAUAUAUCCACAUCAUUUUCAUUCCUCAUUCCUUCCUCAAGUGCACCAGUCCCUCCUACAGCAAAGCACCCCCACAACAUGACGCUGCCACCCCCGUGCUUCACAGUUGGGAUGGUGUUCUUCGGCUUGCAAGCCUCCCCCUUUUUUCCUCCAAACAUAAUGAUGGUUAUUAUGGCCAAAUGGUUCUAUUUUUGUUUCAUCAGACCAGAGGACAUUUCUCCAAAAAGUACUAUCUUUGUCCCCAUGUGCAGUUGCAAACCGUAGUCUGGCUUUUUUAUGGUGGUUUUGGAGCAGUAUGCUUCUUCCUUGCUGAGCGGCCUUUCAGGUUAUGUCGAUAUAGGACUCGUUUUACUGUGGAUAUAGAUACCUUUGUACCUGUUUUCUCCAGCAUCUUCACAAGGUCCUUUGCUGUUGCUCUGGGAUUGAUAUGCACCUUUCGCACCAAAGUACAUUCAUCUCUAGGAGACAGAACGUGUCUCCUUCCUGAGUGGUAUGGCGGCUGUGUGGUCCCAUGGUGUUUAUACUUGCGUACUAUUGUUUGUACAGAUGAAUGUGGUACCUUCAGGCAUUUGGAAAUUGCUCCCAAGGAUGAACCAGACUUGUGGAGGUCUACAAUAUUUUUUCUGAGGUCUUGGCUGAUUUCUUUUGAUUUCCCCAUGAUGUCAAGCAAAGAGGCACUGAGUUUGAAGGUAGGCCUUGAAAUACAUCCACAGGUACACCUCCAAAUGACUCAAAUGAUGUCAUUUGGCCUAUCAGAAGCUUCUAAAGCCAUGACAUAAUUUUCUGGUAUUUUCCAAGCUGUUUAAAGACACAGUGAACUUAAUGUAUGUAAACUUCUGACCAACUCGAAUUGCGAUACAGUUAAUUAUAAGUGAAAUAAUCUGUCUGUAAACAAUUGUUGGGAAAAUUACUUGUCAUGCACGAAGUAGAUGUCCUAACCGACUUGCCAAAACUAUUGUUUUUUUAACAAGACAUUUGUGGAGUGGUUGAAAAACGAGUUUUAAUGACUCCAACCUAAGUGUAUGUAAACUUCCGACUUCUUCAACUGUAGGCCAAAUGUUUUUGGUGUUAUUUUGUCUCAGCUUCUACUAUGUGUCUGUUAUUUCAAGCUAUGUAACCAGCAGUGUAACCUUCUUCCUCCCUAGCUAUGUAACCAGCAGUGUAACCUUCUCCUUCACAUAUGUAUGCAAUAUCUCACUUUGCUUCGUUACAAUUUGAUUGACAAAUGAUCUGUAAGUAAAGGUAAAUGGUGCCACAUUCUGGUUAAACCUAAUCAAUUAAUGAAUGUUACAAUCAAGUAGGCUAUUGUGCUGUUCCCUCAGGCGGGAGUUGAUGUUAUGCUUGGCAUGUAACAUUAAAGAAAUCAAAAAUGA